CUGAACAAAAUUUUCAAUUAUUUUCUCUUCUUCCCAAGAAAAGCCCUCCAAUUUUUCUGUGUGUAAAUGGAACUUGGGAGCUUCAAAACCUCCAGACCUCUGUAAUGGCUUCGUCCAGCGCCAAGCCAUAGCUUCAACUUCUUCACUCUCAUUCUUCAUCCUCAACCUUUGGAGAAAUUGCUCGCUUCUUAUCCCGGCCAAUGGACAGGCAAAUCGACGGUCACGCUACUCCUUCGACCUCCACCAAUGGCAGGGCUGCUUCAGCAUCCAAUUUUUUCUCUCUGCGACCUGAUUACAGUAAUCCAGCAGUGCAGGAAGCUCUGAAACAUUUGGCAUCUAUUGAUCUGAUCGAGUUAUGCAAUGAAGCAAAAGUUGAGCAUUGUCGAGCYACGAGAGACUUGAGAAGCUGUGGGCGGGAUGUUCAGUAUGUGUUGAAUUCAUGUGGACAUGCCUCUCUGUGUGAAGAAUGUUGCCAACGGUGUGAUUUUUGUCCAAUAUGUAGAGUUCCAGUUCCAAAAAGCAGUGCUAGAACGCAUCUACGUCUUUUUUAUGAGUGUGUUGAAGCUGGGCUCAUUCCCAAGAAUUCUAAGGAGAAACCUCAUGAGGAGGAAGAUGGGGAGCAUAGACUAACUACUGAUGUUCAACGCUUGUAUUCCUUAUUUGAUGUUGCGCUGGAAAAUAACUUAGUUUCUCUAAUCUGUCACUAUGUUACAGAUGUUUGUCUGGAUGAGAGUGCUGUAUCAAGUGACCCUGUCAUUGCAUUUUUGUUGGAUGAAGUAGUUGUCAAGGAUUGGUGUAAGCGGGCAUCCAGGAACAUUAUUACAGAACUUCAAGACAUAUAUAACUCUGGUGUAGAGGGAAUGAGGUCUAGGUUGAACCUACUACUUAAGCUUUCGGUGCUGCUUGCGGGCAUAUCCAAUGUGCUCGAAGUGCUGGACUCAUCAUUUAGAAGUUCUCAUUCAGCACAACUUCAGGACCUGCACAAUCUUCAUGAGGGCAUAUUGAAGAUCAAGCAGCAUAUGGAGAUUAUGAUGUGGUGCAUAAGACAUCAAUUUUUGGAGAAUGUUAGGUCCCGCCACUCUAGCUUCACAUCUUGGCUUACUGCUGUUCGUGAAAGGAAAUCUGCUGCUAUCAGGCGAUCAUGGCCUGAUGCUUUAGAUGACUCUGCUGAUUCCAGUGGAUUGGAUGGAUCCUUGUUCAUCGAGGAUGCACUGGGGAAUCUUGAUAUAGAGCAAUGGCAUUCCUUAGACUUAGUGGAUGGUUUAGAAAUUAGAUCUUUGGAAAAUGAUGGGGCGCCAAUAAUCUUCAGAUCUAAGAUUGGUGGGAGUUCAGGAUGUUACCCAUUUGAAAAUCUUCGGGUUGCUGUUGACGUUCUCUUUCUUCGUGGGAGUUCUGAUGUAGUGGUUGCAAAGAAAGCAAUUCUUUUGUAUUACUUGUUUGAUCGUCACUGGACGAUGCCUGAUGAGAAAUGGAGACAUAUUGUGGAGGACUUUGCUGCCUCUUUCAGUAUAACACGGCAUUCCAUAUUAGAGUCUUAUGUCUUUUAUCUUCUAGAUGACCAUACAGAUGAAGCUCUGCAGGAAGCCCGCGGUCUUCUUCCAGAGAUCUCAGGCCCAGCAACCCAUCCUAAGAUUGCACAAGUUUUGUUAGAACGAAAGAAUCCUGAUACAGCUCUUAUGGUUUUGAGGUGGUCAGGACGUGACAGCAUGUCAGCCCCAGUUUCACUUGUUGAAGCUGUAACUGGUGUCCGGGUGAGAGUGGAGUGUGGACUUCUGACUGAAGCAUUUAUGUACCAGAAAAUGCUCUGCAAUAGGGUAAGGGAUAGGAAAAAGUAUGAAGAACAUGAGGAUGCACUUGAUAAUGCUCAAAGAAAAUUUAGAAGCUGGGAAGACUGGGUGAAAAUAUUGGUGACUGAAAUUUGUUAUCUUUGUAUCCGUCGAAACUUUGUGGAUAGAAUGAUUGAGCUACCAUGGAAUUCUGGCGAGGAAAAGCAUCUCCACAAGUGCUUGCUGGAGUGGUCCACUGCUCAGCCAUCAACAACUAUUGGAAGUCUCCUCUUUGUGUACUAUCUUCAGAGGUUUCGAUAUCAUGAGGCCUACCAAGUGAACCUAUUGCUUCAGAAAGCAGAGCAAGGCUAUAUUUCUGAGAAUUCUGUUGGUGAAGAUGUUUUAUCCAGGAUGAGAUCGACAAGUCACUGGCGGGCAGGAUUGGUUGAUAAAUUCAUGGAGUUGCUACCAGAAAUCCAACAGCUGGAAAUAAAAUCCGGAAAGUCUCCUAAUAUUGGUGUUAAUUCAGAAGAUGUGGAAGUGUCACCAAAUGCYGAUCCAUAUGCGGUCCAAGAGCAGAACUUGAGCAGUAUAUUGAUCCCCUCAACUAAUACCUCCACUAUAUCACUGAGAAACGACAGCAAAUUUAUCUUCAAACCACCAGUUUUUGAAACUUCAGGAAAACUAGGCGGGGGGGUGUUCAACCAUUCCAAAAUCGCCACCUAUGGCUCACCAUCAGUUCACGAGAGGCUGUUUGCUAGUAUGGAAAGAGUACCAAAGGCACAAAAUAGCUUACACAAGAGUGUCAAUUUUCAGGAUAUGUUUAGUUCUGGAUUCCAUCAAGCAAGUGCUAUGAAUAUUUCACCCUCAGAAGAAGCCACGAGAAGUUCAUCCAGGUUCAUCCCAAAUAGUCACAAUGAUGCCGAGAAACUCUCACUGGAUAAAGAGCAAAAUGGAAUUGCUAACCAAGUUCGAAAUACCUCUCCAUAUUCCCGCAGGAUUACCGCUAACCCUAUAUAUACACCCAGCAGCAAGUUCGGUUUAUUAGACGUUCCUUCAAGGGGAGUGCAGGAAAAUGGGUCGAGUAAAACUGCAGUAUCUGCUAGAGAUAAUGGAACUUGGAACAUCUCUUCUUUAGAUGACCCAAUGGACACUUCAAGCCAUGGAGGACAAGAUUCUGCAGCUGACGUUAGAUACCCAAAUAGUGCCCCAAGAUGGAGGACUGAUGAAGCAAGCGAUGAGGAGGCAAGUCUUGAGAGAGCUCCAAGUGUGGUACGUAACCGAGGUGCCAUAAGAGGUACUCGAAGAACAAGGCUUUCCAAGAGAUAACGGCCGUUCUUGUUCAUCUAACAACUCGAGAUAAAUGCAUUUUAUGCGAUGUGGAUGACUUGGAAUUGGUCAGACGACCACGAGAGUUGCAACUCGUACUGGCAGUUCUUGACUUUACUGCGUACAUGAGAGACGAAUAAUCAGUCAGCUGAAAGCCCGGAAUUGAGCAAGGAAAGGAAUUCCAAGUUUUCUUCACAUCCUAUUUUCCAUGUGUAUUUUUGUAUUUCAAAUGUCAAUAUUACUUUUAUAGCUUGAUAGGUUUAUGAAAUGAUCGUGUGUUUUUAAGUAGUGGAAAAUUGAAAGCAGGCUUUMGGUUUUUACUUGGUAGCAGCAGGCCAAAUUGGUUCAAAAUAUUUCUUGUAAUAUCUCGUUUUUCAUUGCGGAUAUUCAUGAAAACUAAUUUACCUGAGGUAAUCUUUUUUUAUUUCUA